UUUGCAUUGUCAAGCUGUUUGUGUUUGUGCAGUAUCGAUCGAAUCCGUCACACACCAAAUCACAUCAUGGGCAACAAGUUGUCCAACCUGAUUCAGCAAGCGUCAUCGUCUGCAAAGACAAACGGCAAACCAACUGUAACCGUGCUAUAUGGCUCUCAAAGUGGCACGGCUGAAGGAUUUGCCAAGUCACUGGUGGCGUCCAGUCAAGGCACGGCGUUCACUGUUCGUGCCGUGGACCUGGCCAAGUUCAAUGCUUCCACACUGCCAACGCUUUCCUGCGUCAUCUUCGUGGUCGCGACGUUCGGCGAGGGCGGGCCGACCGACAGCGCCGUUAAAUUCCACAAGUACCUUACAAACCCGUCUCUGCCGGCCAAUGUCAUGCAGCACGUCAAGUUCACCGUGUUUGGCCUGGGAAACAAGACGUAUGCAAGGUACAACGCCAUGGGUCGAGCUGUGAACUCGCGUAUGGAGCAGCUCGGGGGGCACCGCGUGUAUCGGCAUGGCGAAGGCAACGACGAGGCAUGCAUCGAAAACGACUUUGACGACUGGCGACAAGACCUAUGGGCUGCAAUAUCUGGUCAGUUUGCCCUACCCGCCGCCGUCUCGCAGCCACCUGUUUUUUCCGCCAAGACAUCGCCGCCCGUCUUUGAGUUUGAUGUCGUAUCCGUCGCCUCGAAUACCCGCUCCACUUCAAGCCCCUUUCAGGAGUAUGCGUUCGCCACGCUCGUCGAUACGCGCGAAUUGCGUCAAUCCACAGCGUCUGGAUCGACGUUGCACUUGGAGUUUGACAUCAAACACGCCGGCGUGACGUACGCGACGGCAGACAACCUGGCGAUUUUGCCGGAAAACGACCCCGCCCUCGUCACCCGCGUGGCCACCGCCCUCCGCUUUGACGAAGACGGCGUCGUGGAGCUCAAAGCUCUGGACAAGGCGACCAAGCUGCCAUUCCCCACCCCCGCGACCAUCCGCACCAUUCUGAGCCAGUACUUGGACCUGAACGCGGCGCCGCGCAAAGGAGCGCUGACGGCGCUGGCCCAUUACGCGACGUCGUCCGUGGACCAAGACCGGCUGCUCCGGCUGGCGUCGGCGGACGGCAAGGCCGAGUACCAGACGUGGGUCGUGGACGCGCACCGGACGUUUGGCGACGUGAUCGAAGCAUUUCCGUCGCUGCAGAUCCCACUGGUGGCGUUUAUCCACAUCUUACCGUCGCUGCAGCCGCGGUACUACACGAUCUCGUCGUCGUCGGUCGUCCAUCCCACCCGGAUCCACGUGACGCUGGGAGUGAUCGCGACGUCGGACCUACCAGAAGGCCGCCAGUUCAAAGGCGUGACGUCCAACUACUUGGCCAAGCUGGCGCUCCCCGACGCGGCAGUCCUAGACAAGCCAAAGGUGGCCAAUCCGUACGGUGAGCAAGGCAAGAAACAAGUGCGAACGUGGCCCAGCAUCCGCAUGACCAUCCGCAAGUCGACGUUCAAACUGCCGCCCUCUCCUGAAACCCCCGUGAUCCUCGUCGGACCGGGCACGGGCAUCGCCCCCAUGCGCGCCUUUCUCCAAGAGCGUCACGCCCAAAAACAAGCCGGAGAAACUGUCGGGGCCACGUGGCUGUUCUUUGGCUGUCGCCGGCAAUCCGAAGACUACUUGUACCAACAAGAGUUGGAAACGUACCAAGCAAGUGGCACGCUCUCCGACCUCCACGUGGCCUUCUCGCGCGACUCGGCGCAAAAGGUGUAUGUGCAGCACUUGAUUCGCCAACAAGGCGCGGCGUUGUGGAAGGUGCUGGCUGCGGGGGGGUACGUGUACGUGUGCGGCGCGACGCUCAUGGGCACGGACGUGCACAAGGCAUUUGUGGAGCUGGUCCAGACGCACGGAGCCAAGUCGGUGGUUGACGCCACGCGCUACGUCCAAGACUUGCAGCACAACCACCGAUACAUCCAGGAACUAUGGUCUGCGUAAACAGUAGUAGUAGUAGUACAUGGAUGAAAUAGAGAUUUGCAAUUACAUA